GCCGGGGGCCGGGGCCGGGGCCGAAACAAAGCGGGCACCGGGCGGCCGGAGCGGAGCGGCGGGACAGAGCCGGGACGGGCCGGGACCGCGGCCAUGAACUUCGCGGUAGGGCUGAAGCCGCUUCUGGCGGAGGCGCGGAGCAUGGAGAGCCUGGAGAAGCAGCUCAUCUGCCCCAUCUGCCUGGAGAUGUUCUCCAAGCCCGUGGUCAUCCUGCCCUGCCAGCACAACCUCUGCCGCAAGUGCGCCAACGACGUCUUCCAGGCCUCCAACCCGCUGUGGCAGUCGCGGGGCUCCAGCGCGGUGCCGUCGGGCGGGCGGUUCCGGUGCCCGUCCUGCCGGCACGAGGUGGUGCUGGACCGGCACGGGGUGUACGGAUUGCAGCGGAACCUGCUCGUGGAGAACAUCAUCGACAUCUACAAGCAGGAGUCGGCCCGACCCCUUCAUGCCAAGGCUGAGCAGCACCUCAUGUGCGAGGAGCACGAGGACGAGCGGAUCAACAUCUACUGCCUGCGCUGCGAGGCGCCCACCUGCUCCCUGUGCAAGGUGUUCGGGGCGCACAAGGACUGCGAGGUGGCCCCGCUGCCGGCCGUCUACCAGCGCCAGAAGAGCGAGCUCAGCGAUGGCAUCGCCAUGCUGGUGGCGGGGAACGACCGGAUCCAGGCCAUCAUCACACAGAUGGAGGAGAUCUGCCACACCAUCGAGGAGAACGGGCGGCGGCAGAAGCAGCACCUGGGGCUGCGGUUCGACGCGCUCUACGGCAUCCUGGAGGAGCGCAAGAAGGAGCUGCUGCAGAGCAUCGCGGCCGAGCAGGAGGCCAAGCUGCAGCGGGUCCGCGGGCUCAUCCGCCAGUACGGAGACCACCUGGAGGCCUCCUCCAAACUGGUGGAGUCAGCCAUCCAGGCCAUGGAGGAGCCCCAGAUGGCCCUGUACCUGCAGCACUCCAAGGAACUCCUGAAAAAGAUCACAGACAUGUCCAAGGCAUCAAUGAGCAGCCGCCCUGAGCCCGGCUAUGAGAACAUGGACCACUUCUCCAUCAACGUGGACUACGUGGCUGAGAUGCUGAGGACCAUCGAGUUCCAGACAGAGCCACUGGGUGAGGAUGAGGGGGAUGGAGCUGGGGACGGCAGCGAGGCCGCAGUGGAUGAGGACCGGCUGGACAGCCUGGAGGUGCCCGAAGCUGCUGAAGAUGUGGGGCCGAGGCAGAAGCCAGCGAGCUCUCCCCAUGGUCAGCACUGAAGUGAAGCCGUGGGGUAAGGCUGGAUGCCCUCAGCUCUGCCUGUCCCUGUCACAGCCGGCUAUGCCUGUCCCUGUCAUCCUGCCCUGGCUGUGGCCAUCCCUGGCACUCCCAGGCGAGCUCCAUCCCUGCUGCUGGAAUUCCUUGAUGGGCGCUGCCCCUCUCCAGCAUUAAAAGUGUGUGAGGACACGUUUCCCUCUCCAACAUUAAAAGUGUGUGAGGA